UCAGCAGGUGGGCAGAGAGCUGGGCCCAGUGCCCUCAGAGAAAUCAAACCUGCCUGUCACAACGACACGCCACAGCGCCACCGCCGAGGCCAUGUGUUUCCCAUGCCAACCACCCUGCUGUCACGGGGACACAGGGCCACGAUGAAGUUUGAGGACUGUCAGCACAGCAAGGCGGUGGACUUCGAGAGCAGUGACCCUAACUUCAGUGUGCGUCCUGACGGCUCAGUGUACACGGAGCAGGAGGUGGCCAACCUGUCUGAACCAGUCCAGUUCAUGGUGACUGCCCGCGGAGGUCAUGACCCACAUAUCUGGGAGACCACGGUCAAGCUGGCCUUGGCUGGACACCCGCCUUCUGUUCCUAUGAGUCAGAUUGGAGUGGAGGAUAUGAUUGCAAGGGCCUGGGACUCUAAUCCCAGGGUUAUCAAGUUUCCACGGAAACAUCAAAGAAGCUCUUCUGCCAAUGGUCUGAGACGACAGAAGCGAGACUGGGUCAUCCCACCAAUCAAUGUGCCCGAAAACUCCAGAGGACCCUUCCCACAAAUGCUUGUCAGA